AUGAAAGCACUGUCGAAGGCCUCUCAGAAGAAGUCGCCAAAUCCCCUCCUCUUAUUGGCCCGAACCUGCUACAACAUCAUCACAUCUGAUGCCUACGAAACGACCGCUACAGUGGGUCGACUUAGAUCCUUUCCUCACUCGACCAAUCAUCGGCCAUGCCCUAUUCGUGGGAAACGAUCCUCUGGCUUGGAAAGGAUUUCCACUUCCUUGUCCCCCUCUUCUUGCCCCGCCGUUGGCACCACCAACCCUGCCACAACUAGCACUAGCGCAUCAAUUUCGGGUACCCAUCCUCCUGAUACCGAUUUUUUUUCAUCCACAUACAGACGGCUUGAGGAUUAUGCGGCUGGAGUAAACUUGGAGACACUCAACGAGGGCGGAUCAGACAAGCCCCAUCUGAUACUAAGGCAGACAAAUGGUUGCUCCCCUGUCGAUUGUUGUAGACGUCAUCUGCCUUCAGCUUGGAGACGAGCCAAUGUUGAGGCGACAGGAUGCAGAAAAAGGAAUUUUCUUUCGCCUGCACGUUGUUGCAACGGCGCCACAACGCCCAGCCUUAAUGGCCUCGAUUCAAUCGCAGUUCGACUACCGUCGUCUCCACGACUGGCCAGACCGAGUCGUACACUUCAUUACCGCAGUUGGCAACUCCGACGCGGUAGGGUUGCCACGGAACGGCGACUGCAAGAUAGCAAUAGAACUGUACGUCUGUCACCAACGUUUCAAAAUCGGCCUGCUGUGUGUAUGGAUGGCAGAGGAACUCGG